AUGGACCUAAUAAGUAAUAUAAAUGAACAGCAAGAACACCCGCUCGGUCCUAAUCAUGAUAGUAUCAAAGCUGCCAGCCAACCAAUUUUAGACUUAUAUAGAAGAUUAAACAGCUCGUCGCAAAAAGAUGAAAAUCAAGCCGUAAUCUUAAAGGCGUUAAGAUAUUUUUUAGGCGAUGAAGCUAAUUCAGUCAGCAAUGCACAAUGA